CCCUGCUCGCCCUCCCAUCUUGUUCCACAGACUGCAUUAAAACCUGGUGGUCCUCGGCGGCACUUUCCAUCGCUUUUCUCUCUCUCUUCGCCAUCGCCACAAUCAUGCCCCAGCCAGAUGGGGGCGAGCAUAUUCAGGUAGACACAAGUGACGAGGACUCCCUUCUAGACUCGGAAUCUUUAAUCGGAUCCAACCUCACCACAAUUUCCUCGGUACGAGAUUAUUGCUACGAAAAUGGCCGUCGAUAUCACGCCUAUCGUUAUGGACAAUAUCCCAUCCCGAACGACGAAGAAGAGCAGGAUCGUCUCGCGUUAAUGCAUCAUGCCUUCAAACUUCUUCUGGGAGGCGAUUUGUUUCGUGCCCCAAUACACCAACCCCGGCGCAUUCUCGAUGUCGGCACCGGCACAGGCAUCUGGGCCUUAGAAAUGGCCGAGGAAUUCCCCAACGCGGAGAUCAUGGGCACCGACCUGAGUCCAAUCCAACCCAACUGGGCACCACCAAACUGUACAUUCACCGUCGACGAUGCGGAGAGUGACUGGGCCUACACCAAGGAGGAAUCAUUUGACUAUAUCCAUGCUCGAAGCAUGGGUGGCAGCAUCGCCGACUGGGAGCGGCUUCUACGUCAGGCUUACGAUCAUGUUAAACCCGGUGGCUGGGUAGAGAUCCAAGAAUCAGAGACCUGGAUACGAUCUGAUGAUGGCACCUGCAAAGAUGCAGUAAUGAUACGGGCUUUGCAGCAGAAGUUAGAUGAGGGGAGCAUCAAAUUUGGGAAGCGUAUGAACAUUGCUCCUGAAGUCCGGGGUUAUAUGCAGCGCGCCGGUUUUCAAAACGUUACAGAUGACAUAUACAAGUGUCCUGUAGGCACGUGGCCGAAAUCCCCGCGUUUGAAAGAGAUCGGACGGGUGGGGAAGCUGACACUUUACGACUCUAUCGAGCCAUAUGCGCUCGCCAUUUUUACUCGUGUCCUGGGAUAUACGUAUGAAGAGGCUCAGGAGUUUGUGCAGAAAGUACAGGCGGAGCUUGUCAGCUCGAACUACCAUGUCUAUGUUCUUUUCCAUUACGUGUAUGGACAGCGACCUUUGCAUGGGUGACGACGAUACGAUAAUACCCUGUGACGGCCAUGGUACUUCCUUGUUUUCCCUUUUCUCUCUUUUGCAUUUGGCGUCUGGCCAUAGGCGGAUGGAUUAUUUUCUCAUUAAGAUACCCUCAGUCCGGGCACAUAUAUCGACUUCAUA